ACUCUUGGCCGUGUCGCCGGGGGAUCGGGAGCUCACAGGAGGCAUGAGUACCUGGGUCUUCUCCGCUCAGUCAAGGCUGAGGUCUCUUUUGAGGUUUCAAAUAGUACAGAAACAUCUGAUGUCUACUAAUGCUAGCCUGGAAAAGGAAGUGAUCUUGACGAAGUCUGGAUGUGCUGGAAUAAUCACAUUAAAUCGGCCAAAGGCCCUUAAUGCUCUGAACCUUUCCAUGAUUAGACAAAUAUACCCUCAGCUCAAGAAAUGGGAGCAAGACAAUGAAACUUCAUUGGUGAUUAUUAAAGGAGCUGGAGAAAAAGCUUUCUGUGCUGGUGGUGAUAUUAGAGCUGUUACGGAGGCAGGAAAAGUUGGAGACAGAUUAGCAGAAGAUUUCUUCAGGGAAGAGUAUAUGCUAAACAAUGCAAUCGGAAAUUGCCGGAUUCCAUAUGUAGCCCUUAUUGACGGAAUAACAAUGGGUGGGGGCGUCGGCUUGUCAGUGCAUGGACACUUCCGGGUUGCCACGGAGAAAACACUGUUUGCUAUGCCAGAGACAGCAAUAGGUCUGUUUCCAGAUGUAGGAGGAGGUUUCUUCUUGCCAAGACUGGAAGGGAAACUUGGAUUGUACCUUGCCUUAACAGGAUUUCGAAUUAAAGGACGAGAUGUGCAUCAAGCUGGGAUUGCUACUCAUUUUGUGAAAUCUGAGAAGAUCCCAGACCUGGAGAAAGAUUUAGUGUCUUUAAAAUCACCUUCAAAGGAAGACGUUGCAGAUUUGUUGAAUUCAUAUCAUUUCAAGUGCAAAGCUGAUCAUAAAUUUGUCUUGGCUGAGCACAUGGACAAGAUUAAUAGACUUUUUAAAACCAACAGUGUUGAAGAAAUUCUACAAAAUCUGAAGGAAGAUGGUAGUCCAUUUGCACUUCAAAAUUUAGAGACACUGAAGAAAAUGUCUCCCACGUCUAUGAAGAUUACUUUUCAACAGCUUCAAGAGGGAGCCACAAAGAAUCUGGCAGAAGUUUUAGUUAUGGAAUACAGAAUUAGCCAAUCUUGUAUGAGAGGCCAUGAUUUUUAUGAAGGUGUGCGUGCAGUUCUGAUCGACAAGGAUCAAUCCCCGAAAUGGAAGCCAGAAACUCUAGAAGAGGUGACAGAGGAGUAUCUGAAGAGUUGCUUUCAGUCACUUGGAAGCAAGGAACUCAAAUUGUAACGUUUAAGAAUUAUUUCAAGGGAAAUGGGCAUUAUUGGCAUUUGUUGCUGUUCCCUAAUUGCCUUGAGAACCUGAUGAUGAAAUGGAUAAAUAACUUGGGAAUUGAAAAAUAAUUUUAUGAAUGGGUUUGCAGUCUGUUUUUCUCUUCAAAUCUCAUGCAUUUAUCAAGGGAAAAUAUUGUAUUACAUAUAUAAUAAAU